AUGGAUAGUAAUAACAAUAUUGUUGCGCUGUUUGUUAUGAAAACAUACCAAAUGGUGAACGAUUCCACAACGAAUGAGAUAAUUACAUGGGGAAAGGCUAAUAAUAGUUUUCUUAUUGUGGAGCCUUUGAGUUUUUCGAAGAGUAUUUUGCCAGCUUUCUUCAAGCACAACAAUUUCUCAAGCUUUGUUCGUCAGCUCAAUACUUACGGUUUUAAAAAGGUUGAUCCUGAUAGGUGGGAGUUUGCAAAUGAAUGGUUUUUACGAGGUCAAACUCACUUGUUGAAGAACAUAGUGAGGAGGAAGCAUGGUAGUAAAACCUUUGGUUCCUAUCAAAAACACGAAUACGAUGAAGAUGAGGAGCUAUUGAUGGAGAUUUCAAAGUUGAAACAUGAACAGAAGAGUUUGGAACAAAAGCUCGAGUGCAUGAACAAAAGGCUGGAAGCAACGGAGAGGAGACCCCAACAAAUGAUGACUUUCUUAUACAAACUCGUUGAAGAUCCAGACAUCUUAACUCGCAUGAUGCUCGAAAAAGAGAGAACAAAAAGGUUGACUUUAGGUAACAGCGAGAAGAAGAGAAGGUUCGUGAUAUCUUCGGCAUCUUCAAAUUCUUCGACCGGAAUGGCCAUGUCAAGUUCAUCAAUCAAGAGUGAAGACGAUCAAGAAGUUGCUUUCCUCAGGGAAAUGUCCCCAAUUUCUCCACGGGACGAGAACUUGGAAGUCCAUACAUUUUAUCAAUCUUCGCCACCAAUAGAGGCUGCUUACCCGGAGUGGUUGAACCAAGGACAAGGCAUAGAUAUGUCUAUGAUUGAGCAAGACCCCUACAACUGUGCCACCAUUUCUGGUUCUUCACCGUGUUCCUCCAGCAAAAGUGGUUGUUAUGUGGUUGCGCCGCCACCAAUAAAUAGCAUAGCGAGGUAUAAUAAUGCUGGUGGUAUGAAUUCAGUUUAUUACGAAGAACUUAUGGAUGGGGAGAAUUCUAGUCCACCGCAGUAUCCAUUCUCACUGUUAGGUGGUGGAUUUUAG